AAAACCAGAGUAUGUAAUGUUCAGAGAAGAAUCCCUGGAAAGCCCGAGUAUCAGCCGCGUCUUCGGCAAUCUGACGUAUAUAAAGGUCAGCGUGAGUGGAGAGGAUCAGUCUGCCUUUCGCUUCUGCUCUACAUAGUCAGCUUUCAGGAGCAAACGAGGACAUUCAAAAUGCGUGUGGGAAUCGUGAUGCUCGCUCUGGCCGGGAUGUGCUCCGCCGCCCCCGCCUACCAGGAUCUCCAGAACAAGCUGCCCCACGUCGCGCCGGGACAGACCUUCACCUUCCAGUCCAGCUCGUCCUCGUCCAACUCCGCCUCGUCCUCCAACCAGGAGUCGUCCUCAACCAGCUUCUCGUCCGUGGCCUCAGGGGUAAACUUUGACUCGUCCUCCUCCAACUCGGCUUCUUCCUCGUCAGACAGCUCUUCGUCGAAUUCCUUCUCCGGAUCUCUCACUGGUGGCGCCUCCCAUGGCUCUCACGGCGGGGUUGGCUCUCACUCUGCUGGAACCAUAGGGUCGUCUGCUGGCGCUCUUGCUGGCUCCUCAGCUGGCGCUCUUGCCGGCGCCUCUGCUGAUGGUCAAGCCGCCUCUGCUGCCUUCGGGUCUGGCGGUCUUGGCGCCGCCGGGGCUCAGGGCUUCGCAUCUGGUAGCGAAGGAGGCGCAGUGGGUAUCCAGGGAUCCUCUACUGGCUCUCAUGGAGUUGCUGUUGGCAUUCAGGGAGACUCCGGUAGCACCCACGGGGCAGCCCUUGGUGUUCAGGGGGGGUCCUCCACUGGCACUCACGGAGCCGCCGUGGGCAUCCAAGGAUCCUCCGAUGGCACUCAUGGAGCCGCCGUAGGCUUCCAGGGAUCCUCCGCUGGCACUCACGGAGGCGCCGUGGGCAUCCAAGGAUCCUCCGCUGGCACUCACGGAGCCGCCGUUGGCUUCCAAGGAUCCUCCGAUGGCACUCACGGAGCCGCCGUUGGCAUUCAGGGAUUUGACUCUCAGGUGUCUUCAGGAGGCUUUGGCUCCCAGGACUCCACAGCCGUCCUCGGGGCUGUUGGCGUUGACGGCGCCGGAGCUCAAGGCGUCGCGGGGGCCUUCGGCUCAGGAAGCGGAGACGGCGCCGCCCACGGGUCCUCGGAGGUCUUCGGGAACAGCGGCCGCGAAGCCACCGACGUCAUCUCGCAGAGCUACGGCCUCCCCCACUAAGCAUCGCCGAGUCUUACUGGACUUUAUUUAUCGAAUGAGGUAGAUGGACUUUUCCCUGUGAUAUUGAAUGGCAAGCCGGUGGUCGGGGCAUGAUUCGCACAGCAUAGCUUUACCAUUGGCAUUAUUUCUGCACGAGCACACGUCAGCUGCGAACUAGAAUGAUCAUCGAAGUUGCCUUAAUUUAAUGAAAAUAAAAUUUUGACACUUA